CCCGGAGAUCUCUCAGGUGGCAGCUGCCUCUUCCACGCAGGCUCAUCCACAAUGGCCACUCUGAGUACCCAGGUCAAAAGCUCUCUCAACAUCACCACUCCGGGGCUGCAGAUAUGGAGGAUAGAGGCUAUGCAGAUGGUGCCUGUUCCUUCCAGCACCUUUGGGAGCUUCUUCGAUGGAGACUGCUACGUAGUAUUGGCUAUCCACAAGACAGGCAGCAACACAUUCUAUGAUAUCCACUACUGGAUCGGCCAGGCCUCGUCCCAGGAUGAGCAGGGGGCGGCCGCCAUCUAUACCACACAGAUGGAUGACUUCCUGAAGGGCCGGGCUGUCCAGCACCGUGAGGUCCAGGGCAACGAGAGCGAGACCUUCCAAGGCUACUUCAAGCAGGGUCUUGUCAUCCGCAAAGGGGGAGUGGCUUCCGGCUUGAAGGAAGUGAAGACCAACUCCUAUGACAUCCAGCGGCUGUACCAUGUCAAGGGCAAGAGGAACGUGGUGGCCGGAGAGGUGGAAAUGUCCUGGAAAAGUUUCAACCGAGGGGAUGUUUUCCUCCUGGACCUUGGGAAGCUUAUCAUCCAAUGGAACGGACCAGAGAGUAACCGCAUGGAGAGACUCAAGGGUAUGACCCUGGCCAAGGAGAUCCGAGACCAGGAGCGGGGUGGGCGUGCCUAUGUGGGCAUAGUGGAGGGGGAGAACGAAAAUCAGUCCCCACAACUGAUGGAGGUGAUGAACCACGUGCUGGGCCAGAGGAAGGAGCUGAAGGCAGCUGUGCCUGACACGGUGGUGGAGCCGGCGCUCAAGGCCUCCCUCAAGUUGUACCACGUGUCUGACUCAGAGGGCAAACUGGUGGUUACAGAAGUUGCCACUCGACCACUCACACAGGACCUGCUUAAUCAUGAGGAUUGUUACAUCCUGGAUCAGGGGGGCCUGAAGAUCUAUGUGUGGAAGGGCAAGAAUGCCAAUGCCCAGGAGAAGCAGGGCUCCAUGAGCCAGGCACUGAACUUUAUCAAAGCCAAGCAGUACCCACCGAGCACACAGGUGGAGGUGCAGAAUGAUGGGGCCGAGUCUGCCGUCUUCCAGCAGCUCUUCCAGAAGUGGACAGUGCCCAACCGGACUUCAGGCCUGGGAAAAACCCACACUGUGGGCUCCGUGGCCAAGGUGGAACAGGUGAAAUUUGAUGCUGCAUCCAUGCAUGUCAAGCCCCAGCUGGCUGCCCAGCAGAAGAUGGUAGAUGACGGAAGUGGGGAGGUGGAGGUGUGGCGCAUUGAAGACCUGGAGCUGGUGUCUGUGGAUCCCAAAUGGUUAGGUCACUUCUAUGGGGGUGACUGCUACCUGCUGCUCUACACCUACCUCAUCGGCGAGAAAAAGCAUUACCUGCUCUACAUCUGGCAGGGCAGCCAGGCAACCCAGGAUGAAAUUGCAGCUUCGGCCUAUCAAGCUGUUGCCCUGGACCAGAAGUACAAUGAUGAACCAGUGCAGAUCCGAGUCCCCAUGGGCAAGGAACCGCCCCACCUCAUGUCCAUCUUCAAGGGACGCAUGGUGGUCUACCAGGGAGGCACCUCCCGGGCUAACAACUCGGAGCCCACGCCCUCCACACAAAUGUUCCAGGUCCGGGGCACCAGUGCCAACAACACCAAGGCCUUUGAGGUCCCUGCUCGAGCUAACAACCUCAAUUCCAAUGAUGUCUUCAUUCUCAAGACCCCAUCCUGUUGCUACUUGUGGUGUGGGAAGGGCUGUAGCGGGGAUGAGCGGGAGAUGGCCAAGAUGGUGGCUGAUAACAUCUCCCGGACAGAGAAGCAAGUGGUGGUGGAAGGGCAGGAGCCGGCCAACUUCUGGAUGGCCCUAGGCGGGAAGGCCCCCUAUGCCAACAGCAAGAGGUUGCAGGAAGAAACCCUGGCCAUUGCCCCCCGGCUCUUUGAAUGUUCCAACAAGACUGGGCGCUUCCUGGCCACUGAAAUCCCGGACUUUGAUCAGGAUGACCUGGAAGAGGAUGAUGUUUUCCUGCUUGAUGUCUGGGACCAGGUCUUCUUCUGGAUCGGGAAACAUGCCAGAGAGGAUGAGAAGGCAGCAGCUGCCACCACAGUGCAGGAGUACCUCAAGACCCACCCCAGCAUGCGAGACCCUGAGACUCCCAUUAUUGUGGUGAAGCAGGGACAUGAGCCCCCCAUCUUCACAGGCUGGUUCCUGGCCUGGGAUCCCUACAAGUGGAAUAACACCAAAUCCUAUGAGGACCUGAAGGAGGAACUUGGAAACUCUGAGGACUGGGGCUACGUUACUACCGAGAUCAUCAGCCCCCAACUUGAUGUGUUCACUACUAAUACCAACUUCAGUUCUGGGCCUCUCUCCAUCUUCCCCCUGGAGGAGCUGAUAAACAAGUCGGUGGAGGAGCUUCCUGAGGGUGUAGACCCCAGCAGGAAGGAGGAGCACCUGUCCACUGAGGAUUUCACAAAGGUCUUGGGGAUGACUCCAGCUGCCUUCUCUGCCCUACCUCGGUGGAAGCAACAAAACCUCAAGAAAGAAAAAGGACUAUUUUGA